AUGAAUUUUUCAAUGACAACUGAACCAUUCUUCAAUUCACACCAGCUAUCCAAGGAGUAUCCACAGCAACUAAACGAGGCUGGACAACAUUCUGGCGCUGAAAAGUCGUUGGCACAGCUUCUAAACCUUGACUACAAGUCAAAUCCUGCGGUUCCCCGCGCCCUUUCAUCCAACAACACUAAUAUGAAUACUUCCAAUUUGUUAAAGCCAUCUGACCCCACUGAUUACUCGAACUACAAUGUCAACAGUCUCUUCUCUGCUUUGGCUGCUCAACAGGCUGCUCAACACACAGCACCAGAAGCUCCAGCUGGCAUUCUGCAUCAAUCGCUCCUUUCAGCUCCUGUUCCAUCCACUACUCCUGCCACAGCUGCUGCUGCUCUUGACGUGUGUCAGCACUCCUCGAACGAAAUUCAGUCCCUGAAUGCAUCCUUGAGUGCCCCUCAAACCGCUACUGCUCAAGACAACAGCUUUACCGCUUUUGAACCUUCUCCCAUCAACGAAAACAAGAUGAAUGUCUUACAACAGGGCGUAGACGGUGCCUAUGCUCUGGAACUCUGGAGGCAACAGCAACAGCACCAAAUUCAAAAGCUCUUUAACAUGGCACUCCAACCAGGUUCAGCAGCCAAUCUUCCACAAAAUUCCGCUGCCAACCUCAGAUCACUUUUGGCUGGAAGCACCAGGAGCAGUGGCAACGAAGCCGCUAAAAGAGCCUCCGCCAGUAUCUUGCCUUCUGCUCUCGUGGAUCCAGACAUGUUCCACCCCGCUGCCGCCAAGAAACAGCGUGUAGAAGCCACUCCAGUGGCUCCUCCUAUGGUCGAAGACUCUAUGAAUCAAUCGGGUCGCUUUCGAGACUAUCAAAGCUGCCAAUGGUCCAUUCGGUUCCACGAGUUGCAACUCUUCCGCAAGGAAAAAGGUCAUUGCUGUGUCCCACAUGGGUAUCCCAAAAAUAUUGUAUUGGCACGAUGGGUGAAGCGUCAGAGGUAUCAGUAUAAGCUCCGAGCAGAAGGGAAACCCAGUACAAUGACCAUUGAACGCAUCAAUGCCCUCGAAAGUAUUGGCUUUAUCUGGGACUCUCAUGGAGCUUGCUGGAUGGAACGAUACAAUGAGUUGAAGGAGUACGCCAGCAAACAUGGCAGCUGCAACAUUUCCAGUAGAUACAUUGACCUUCAUGGAAGCCAGCUUUCAUCCUGGGUCAAGUGUCAAAGAAGACUCUACAAAAUGUACAUGGAUAACAAAGCAACCAACAUGACUGCUGAACGCAUUGCAAAACUUGAGAGUAUUGGAUUUGAAUGGGAAUUGAGACGCUCCCGCAAUUCAAUAAGCUCUAAGCAGGAAUCGCAGGAAGUUCCUGACAUCCAAAAUUUUGGUCAAGUUUGA